UUGACUACAUUUACCAGGAGGCUUUGCGCAGCCAAGGGCGACUUUUCGUAUAACGUCAUAUGAUCGCGCUCUGAGCAGCACUCCCAGUAGAAAGCGCAUUUAUUGUCGCAGUAGCGGGCUCCUGAGCUCGGUGCGGCGUCGGCAUUUCCUAUCUUUUUGCCUGCUCUUGUGGACGACAUGGCGGCUGUCCUGCAGCAGGUGUUGGAGAGGGCCGAGCUGGCCAAACUUCCCAAAGCGGUGCAGAGCAAGCUGGAGCGGUUCCUGACGGAGCAACAGGCUGAGAUGGACUCAAUGAGGUCCAGGCAUGAGAAGUUCAGGGUGGAUUGCGACCAACAGUACUUUGAAAUUGAGAAGCGGCUAGCUCAGAGUCAGGAGCGCCUUGUGUCUGAAUCCCAAGAAUGUCAGAAUCUAAGGGAACAACUGAAUAAGAAAAGUGAUGAGCAAAAAGAAUUAAGCGAGCAAAUGAAAGAUCUGGAGACUUGCAAUGUCCGCCAUUUAGCCUUACAGAGCCGGUUAACCAGAGCUAGAGAGUCUAUUGAAGCUGAAAAGAGAGAUUUGGUUAGGACGAAUGAGCGUAGAGCUCAAGAACUGGAACAUCUUAAUGAUGACCUGAAACGUCUCUAUGAUAAACUUAAAGAAGCAAAUGCAGAGAAAGUAGAGCUGCAAUUGAAACUGGAUGAACUGCAGUCAUCUGAAGUGUCUGUAAAAUAUCGUGAAAAGCGAUUGGAACAGGAGAAAGAACUUCUGCAAACUCAAAACAACUGGCUGAAUACUGAACUGAGAUCUAAAACUGACGAAUUAUUGUCCGUUCAGAGAGAGAAAGGAAAUAACAUUUUGGAGCUUAAAGGAGCUCUAGAAAACAAAAAAGAUGAGGUUAUCAGACUAGAAGAACAGAUUACUUGUCUAAAAUCUUGUAAUGAGAAUCUGCAAAAGCAGGCUGAGGACCUAAUGAAUAAGUUAAAAGAGGCAAAGGACCAGCAAGGAAGUGUGGCAGAGAAGUUUCACAGUGAGCUCAAAGCGAAUGUUAAAUUAUGUAACCUCUAUAAGAGUGCUGCUGAUGACUCCGAGGCAAAGAGUACAGAAUUAACCCGGGCAGUAGAGGAACUUCAUAAACUUCUCAAGGAAGCAGAAUAUACCAACAAGUCUAUCCAGAAUCAGUUGUCUGAGAUGGAAGCUGCAAAAGGUGAUGUUGAGAGAAGUCUUGGUGAAAGAAUUGAUAAACUAGAGAGGGAACUGGAAAAUGCAAAUGAUUUGCUUUCGUCUACUAAAAGAAAAGGUACUUUGCUGAGUGAGGAGGAAUUAACUGCAAUGUCACCAACUGCUGCUGCAGUUUCCAAAGUUCUGAAACCUGGCAUGAAAUUAACUGAGCUCUAUAAUGCAUACAUGGAAACGCAAGAUCAACUGCUGAUUGAAAAGCAGGAAAAUAAAAGGAUUACAAAGUAUUUGGAUGAUAUAGUGAAGGAGGUUGAGGGUAAAGCACCUAUUCUGAAACGUCAGCGAGAGGAAUAUGAGCGUAUGCAGAAAACCGUGACGAGCUUGUCUGCCAAACUUGAGCAGGCAAUGAGGGAAAUUCAACGUAUGCAAAAUGAAACUGAUAAAGCAAAUAAAACUUCAUCAGUGCUUGAAAAGGAAAACGGGAGGUUGGAGUUACAACUGAAAGACCUAUCUCAGCAGAUCAGAAUACUAUUAAUGGAGCUGGAAGAGGCAAGAGGGAACCAUGUCCAAAGAGAUGACGAUGUGAGCUCUGCUAAUAUAACAAGUUCUUCUGAAGUUAUAACACAACAUUUAGUUACCUACAGAAACAUUGAAGAGCUUCAGCAACAGAAUCAGAAACUCCUGGUAGCACUGAGGGAGCUUGGAGAAGCCAAAGAGAAAGAAGAGCAAGAAAGUAUUGCUUCAGAAAUCUCUGAACUGAAAAAAGCACUAGAAAAUGCCUGUUCUGAGGUGCAACAGCUUCGUGAAAACCGUCAGCAUCACAUGCACAUGGUGGAGUCUGUUAUACGUCAGCGUGACAUGUAUCGUAUACUUUUGGCUCAAACAACUGGUGUCACAUUGCCUGCAGCAGAUGACGUAUCUAUGACAUCAACUCCAAGAAAAUCACCUGGAUCAUCUCAACUCCUUUCCACCCCAGCUCCUGCAGUUGCAAUUUCUGAAACUACAGAGGCUGCUGAAGCUAAAGCUGCACUGAAACAGCUUCAGGAAGUGUUUGAAAAUUACAGAAAAGAAAAAGCAGAAAAUGACAGAAUGCUUAAUGAGCAGAAUGAAAAACUCCAAGAACAAGUUACUGAACUACGUUCCCAAAAUACAAAAAUAUCCACCCAACUGGAAUUUGCUUCUAAACGAUAUGAAAUGUUGCAAGACAAUGUUGAAAGCUACCGUCGAGAAAUAACCUCUCUGCAGGAAAAAUCACAGAAGCUUUCUGCCACUACUCAGAAACAGGAGCAGAUAAUAAACACAAUGACACAAGAUUUGAGAGCAGCUAAUGAAAAAUUGGCAGUUGCAGAAGUAAGGGCAGAAAACUUAAGGAGAGAAAAGGAACUUUUGAAAGUGACGGAGUCCCGACUUUCUCACGAAAGAGAGUCCUUACUUUCUGAGCGAAGGGGCCAGAAUUUACUGCUCACUAACUUACAGACUAUCCAGGUUACCCUGGAAAGGUCUGACACGGAAAUCAGGCAACGUUAUAACAACCAGGUUGAAAAGCUGGAGCAAGAGUUAAACCAGAUUAAGAAGAAAUUAGAAUAUGAAGUAGAACAGAAACACUUGCUGAAUAAAAACCAAGAUGUUCAAAUUUUGGAUCUUAAAAGACAGUAUGAGUCUGAGGUAAAUCUUCACAGUAGUACAAAGGAACUUCUAAAAAAUUCAAACAAAGAAAUUGCUUCAUUGAAACAAACACUUGGUAACUUUGAAGCUCAAUUGGCUCGUUCAAGCCAGACUUCAUCCAGUAAAGAUGCAGAUAAUAAUUGUGAAGAUAUUGAAGAGUUAAAGAAUAAGCUUAGACAGUCUGAGGAGCAAGUUAAUGACCUUAAAGAGAGGAUAAAAACUUCAACUAGCAAUGUGGAGCAAUACAAAGAGGUUGUGCUUGGGUUGGAAGAAUCGCUCAACAAGGAAAAACAGGUUACUGAAGAGGCGCGAAAAACCAUAGAAACACGCCUGAAGGAAGGCUCUGAGUACCAGGCCCAACUGGAGAAGAAAAUGAUGGAAGCAGAGAAGGAGAAGCAGGAUCUUAGGGAUGAGAAACAUAAAGCUAUUGAAAACAUGGAGCAACAGGUUUCUCAGCUCAGGCAGAGUUUAGCUAGUCUUCAAGCUGAAGUCAAAGCUGCUCUUCAGAGGGCUGCUACUGCUACAAACAAUGAGCAGAAAGCCAGACAGGAUUGUCAAGAACAAGCAAGGAUAGCUUCUGAGGCACAGAACAAGUAUGAGCGUGAGUUAAUGCUUCAUGCAGCAGAUGUUGGAGCUCUUCAGGCUGCCAAGGAGCAGUUGGCAAAUACCACCACCACACGCCAAAAAACAGAGGAUGCAGUGCAGAAGGCGAAAUCACAACUACUGGAGUCCAAGGCUUCCUGGGAGGAGAGAGAACGUAUGCUAAAGGAUGAGGUAUCCAAGAACCAGUCACGCUGUGAAGACUUGGAAAAGCAGAACAGUUUGUUGCAUGACCAAAUAGAGGCUCUUAGUAAAAAGAUGGUGAGCGCUGUUGAAGAGGGAGCUCUCAAUGUGUCUUUCAGUGAUGAAGGAAAGUCUCAGGAACAGGUUAUGGAAAUUCUCAGGUUUGUGAGACGGGAAAAGGAAAUUGCUGAAACCAGGUUUGAAGUUGCGCAAGUAGAAUGUUUGCGAUACCGACAGCGUAUGGAGCACAUGGAGCGGGAAAUAAAUGAACUACAAGACAGUUUGAACACAGAACGUGAAAAAGUUCAGGUAACUGCAAAGACAAUGGCCCAACAUGAAGAGCUGAUGAAGAAAACUGAAACUAUGAAUGUUCUAAUAGAAAGCAACAGACUAUUAAGGGAAGAUAAAGAGAAACUGGACCAUGAGCUUCAGCAACUUCAAGCGAAGAUACGAAAACUUGAAUCCAAUAUAUUGCCGUUGCAAGAAUCCAAUACGGAACUAAGUGAGAAAAGUGGAAUGCUACAGGCAGAAAAGAAGUUGCUUGAAGAUGAUGUGCGACGUUGGAGAGCACGUACACAGCACUUACUGAAUCAACAAAAGGAUACUGAUGUAGAAGAGUACAAGAAGUUGCUUUCAGAAAGAGAGGUUAAUGUAAAACGCAUUCAACAGCUUACUGAAGAGACUGGAAAACUGAAAACGGAUAUUGCAAGGUUAAAUGCAGCCCAGAAUACAAGUCAAAGCCAGUGUCAGAGUGCGAAAGAAGAAGCUGCAAAGCUGAAGACUGAAAAGGAAACUCUCCAGAAAGAGCUUGAUGCCAAAGUUGCAGAUAUACAAGAGAAAAUUAAAACCAUCACACAGGUUAAAAAAAUUGGAAGAAGAUAUAAGACUCAGUAUGAAGAGCUAAAGAUUCAGCAUGAUAAGCUUGUUACUGAGACAACUUCAGCCCAGGCAACACAGUCAGAGGAACGGGCUACUCAGAAAGAAGUGCAAGAGUUAAGAGAUUCAAGAACACAGGCUGAAGCAAAGAUAGCAACUAUAGAAAGCCAGUUGGAAACCAUGCAAAAGACUGUGGACGAAAAAGAAAAUGAAGUUAAAGCUCAGCAGGAACAAAUUUCACAAAUUCAGUCAGAGUUAUCCAAAGUUCAGAAAGACCUUCAGGACAAGAUUGCACAAGAAGAACAGAUGCGUCAGCAAAUAAAUGAAAAGGAGGAAAAAACUAAGAAAACAUUGUUUGCAGCUAAGCAGAGGCUUGCCCAACUUACUGCUUUAAAGGAACAACUAACAAAUGAUAAUGAAGACUUGAAGCAGAGGAAUUCUACUCUUGAUCAACAGAGGGAAGAACUGGAAGUUCGCAUGAGUGCUUUGAAAUCGCAAUAUGAAGGACGUAUUUGUCGCUUGGAGAGAGAGUUGCGUGAGCAACAAGAGCGUCACCAUGAGCAAAGGGAUGAGACUCAGGAGGCUUCAAAGGCACCUGAGCAGAGACAGAUCACUGUUAAACCAACUGCGGCACCUGGAGAAAGAGGAAUGGCAAGCAUGAGUGAACCUCCAACUGCUAAUAUUAAGCCAACUCCAGUUGUGGCUACACCAAGUAAAGUUACUACGGCACAAAGACCACCAAGAGCUAGUAUUCGCCCUAUGGUCACUCCUGCUGUAGUGUCUACUCCAACUACUACGCCCACGGCUACAGUCAUGCCUACAACCCAAGUGGAAACACAAGAAGCCGUGCAGUCAGAAGGUCUUUUGGAGCAUGUUACUGUUUUUGGAAGCACUAGUGGAUCUGUUCGCUCCACUAGUCCUAAUGUCCAAUCAUCCCUCUCCCAACCCAUUCCAGCUGUUCAACAGCAAACUGCAUUUGUUCAGCCUACACAGCAGUCACAUGCAACUAUAGAGCCCUGCACUCCAGAACCCACUGUAGAAGUUGUCCAAAGUACUCCUAUGGAGAGACCAUCAACUUCAUCAUCAUUAUUUAACACGUUUCCAGCAGUACCAACAUCUUCAGUCUCAAAGCGUCCACGUGAAGAAGGAGAAGAGAGCUCUACUGAAACUACUGAGCAAUUAGUUGAAGAAUCAGAUAUACCUGUAAAUAAGAAGCUUAGGACUGUGCAGAGAGUGGAACCAGAGGAGGAGAUUUUGACAGAUGAACUUCCUGAGGCAGAAUCUCAUAGUUUUGAUCAGGAAUCACAGGAUACACUAACACAGAGUGGCAGUUUGGAGUAUCCGCUCAUUCCAGACAGUGAGGAGACAUCUCAAUCACUUAUGGAUAUUGCAACGCCAUCUUCUGAUCAAACCCAAAUUGUUCAGUCCUCCCAGGAUGCUACUCCUAAGCGUGAUGAUGUCAUUGUAAUAGACAGUGAUGAAGAGGAGGAGGAUGACAAUGAAGGCGAUCAAGAGGAAAUACCAGGUUACGAAGAGGAGGAGGAGGAUGAUGAGGAAGAGGAUGAUGAUGACAUGGGUGAUGAAGGGGAUGAGAGUAAUGGGGAAGACGGUAGUGCUGAUGGAAAUGAAACCUACGAAGGAGAUGAUGCUGCGGGGCCUGAAGGAACAGAUCCUGGUACUGAAACAGAGGAAAGUACGAGUACUGGUGAUGUUGGCCAGAUACCUACAGACUCUCAAAAUAGCGGUGAAGCUGGUGCAGGAACUACAGAAUCCACACUUCCACAAGAAGCAAGGGAACAGCCAUCGUCUGCUUCUGACAGACCAGGACCUCGUCCCCCACAUUCACCUCGUAGACCACCACAUCCUCUGCCUCCUCGUUUGACAAUUCAUGCUCCACCUCAAGAGCUUGGACCCCCAGCUCAGAGAAUUCAGAUGACCCGCAGACAGUCUGUAGGACGUGGCCUUCAACUUACACCUGGUUUAGGUGGCAUGCAACAUUUCUUUGAUGAUGAAGACCGUACAGUGCCGAGCACUCCAACCCUUGUUGUUCCUCAUCGCACAGAUGGCUUUGCUGAAGCAAUUCACUCACCACAAGUUGCGGGAGUCCCUCGGUUCCGCUUUGGGCCACCAGAAGAUAUGCCUCAGGCAAGUUCCAGCCACUCUGACCUUGGCCAGCUAGCAUCACAAGGAGGCUUAGGAAUGUAUGAAACCCCUCUCUUUCUGGCUCAUGAAGAAGACUCAGGUGGUCGCAGUGUUCCAACUACACCCCUUCAAGUCGCAGCACCAGUUUCAGUCUUUGCCGAAAACCCCAGUGCUGACACUUCUGACCACGCCUCCCAGUCCGUUCCAAUGGUUACAACUUCCACUGGAAAUGUUUCUACAGCUGUGGAGUCCGGCACAGCAGAUGAAGGAGAUGAAGUGUUUGCGGAGGCAGAAUCUGAAGGAGUUAGCACAGAAUCAACAUUAGAGAUUGAAACGCGACAAGAACAGGAGCCUGUCCAGCCCUCCGGAAGUGACCUUCCGUGCACUAGCCAAGACCCUCCUAGUUCUUCAUCUGCAGACACAAGCAGCAGCCAAACAAAGCCCCUCAGAAGAGUGAGGCUUCAUCCUCAAGGUGGAAGACCUGGUGUUCGUGGGCGUCAGUUUAACAGACAAAGAGGAGUUCCUUUGGGGAAUAGAGGCGGGAUAAACAGAAGCAACUUCUGAUUCCAUUUUAUGUUUUCUUUCAUUGUGAAUACACAGGCUAAUGUUUCUGAUUUUAAGAGUUCGUUAAAUUUCAACAUUUUUGUUUUUGUAAAAGUGAAAUUAAAGAUUUAUUAACAAAAAAAAAA